UCUCUACGAUGAUCAAAAAACCUUCGAAAGCCCAGAAAACGAAGAAAACCGUCACAUCAAAAAUCGACUCCGGCAUCGUAAAACGCCCCUCCACGGUCACAUUCGUGGAAGCCGAUUCCCCCAGAAAAUCCUCCACCAUCUCCCGAAGUAACCUCCGCCAAACGGCCAGUUCUCCGCAGACCACGGUCGCCCGGAUCCAUCCUCCGGGGAAGCUUCCCUCGUACCUAAGUCGCGAUCGCCCCUCGACUGCCAGCAGCCGGUACCGAUCCGCGAGUCGGUUGUCCCGCGGGGAAGAGAACGAUGGCGAGGUGGCCGAGCGUGUUCUCCACCUGGAGGACAGCAGCUUCGAGCGGUUCCGGGCCGACGUGGACGAGCAGUAUCGGAGCUAUCGCAGGUCGAAAGCUUUGGUGGGAGGAGGAGCGAGGAGUUCGGGGAGUGAUUGUGGCUUGGAGGAAGAAGUGGCGCGGGUUUGUCGCUUUGAGACGGAACGGAUUGAUUCGGCGGUGCAGGUGGGAAGUCCGCCGAGUGAGGGAGCGGGGGAAGCGGCGGAGUUUAAGCUGAAGGUGAUGGUUGAUGAGUACCAGAAGCUGGAGGACAAGUACAACGCGCAGACGGGGAAGCUGGUUGGGCUGGAGAAGAGGUUUAACAAGCUGGAGGACGAAGGGCUUGUGAAGGAUGUGGCAAUUAGGGAGUUUGAGCAGCGGAACAAGGAGAACCUGCGAACGAUUGCCGAUCUGAGACAGGAGCUGAAGGAGAAACGCAAGAACAUCAUGGACAUGAGCGAGAAGUCGAUGGAGAGGGACUCGAAGCUGGAGAGGUUGAAAAAAGAGCAUGGCGCCGUUACGCAGAGGUUGCACGAGCUGUGCGGGAAGCUGGACGAGCUGCAGCAGGAUUCGAAGCACAAACUUCGGGUGAUUGGAACGAAGGACGUUCAGAUCAAGACACUUCGUGCCGAGGUGAAGAAUCUGAGUGAUGAGAACGUAUUGCUUUUGAAGGCCAAGAAGCCGGACGAUAUCCUGUUGAAGAUACGAUCACGACUGCUGGAGAUGAAACAGGAGUGGAACAAUGUUGGCGGAAGUGCUGAGGAAUUCAGGAAUCUGAAAUUAGAUCGUCUAAAACUGCUGGAAAUACUGCAACACUUGAAAAAGGAGAAUCGAGACAUGAAAACGGCUUUAAGCAACUGUGGACUGGACGAACUUCCGUCAAAGGACUGUGAGCUGAUUGAAAGCGAAUCGAACCAGCGUGCACUGUUUGACAGUGAUCCGGAGGAGGAAAUAACCAGCAGGAUCGUUUACUAAGCUCGGGUAGCCA